AUGUCGUCCUGGGACCCCCCCAAGCUCACCUUCCUCAUCACGGGCUGCUCCUCCGGCUUCGGCCUCGCCCUCACCCGCCUCGCCCUCGCCCACUCGCACACCGUCAUCGCCACCGCGCGCAACCCCUCCGCCCUGCCCCCCGCCCUCGUCGCAGAGGUCGAGUCCCACGCCUCCAACGGCAGCCGCUUCCUCGCGCUGGACGUCGACUCGCCGACCCGCGCCGCCGAGCUCGUCGAGCAGCUCGAGUGCCGGGACGACUGCGUGGCCAUCGACGUGCUCGUCAACAACGCGGGGUGGUCCGUCCACGGCCCCGCCGAGAGCUUCCGCGACGACGAGGUCCGGCGGCAGUUCGAGACGGUGUUCUUCGGGCCGUACCGGCUCGCGCGCGCGGUGGUGCCGCAUAUGCGCCGCAGGAGGAGGGGCAUGAUUGUGAAUAUCGGGUCCGGGGCGGGCGUUGAUGGGAGGGAGAGCAUGGCUGUGUAUGCGGCGGCCAAGGCCGCGCUCGACGGUCUGAUGCGCGUCAUGGCCAAGGAGCUCGCCCCCUUCAACAUCCGCUCCCUCACCGUGCAGCUCGGCGGCUUCGACACAAACUUCACGCGGGCGCUCACGCGCACCGCCGAGCCCUUCCCAGACGACUACGCGGGCUCCAUGGUGGAAAAGGUGCUCGGCAGCAUAGAGGGGGCCAACUUCCAGCCCGACGGCGACCACCGCAAGGCGGCGAGGGCCAUCUACGAGGUCAUCGUGGGUGAGGGCGUGGGACGGGGCAAGGAGGCGGAGCGGGUGCUCCCGCUGGGGAGAGACAUGGGCAAGAUGAUGGACAGAGUCGCGGAUGCGACGAAGCACUCCAUGGAUACGUUCCGUGACGUGUGUGAUAAUGUGUACUUGGAAAAGAAGUAG